GUUGAAACCCAGAUGUUAAUUUGACCCUUCAAGCCUUCGCUUCCAUGCAUGCCGGGUUGUAUUAGCUGGGGAGACCAAUAUUCCCACUCCCAAGAGCGCAGCUAAGAUCUUCCAUGCAGCUGCAGCCCCGUUCGUGGGAUACAAUUCCCUUUUCUAUUGCUCUUUUUGAUUCUUCUCUUUCUCAGAGGUGAUGUACUCUGCUUGGAAGGAGAGGAGUGUGUUAUGGUUAAUGCAAAAUUUCAAUUAAUGCAACAAUGGGAAGACCCAUAACAUUUUUCUUUCAAGCACUUUCAGCGAUCGAUAUAGACCUUAGACCUUCACACACCCACAUUGGAGUAUUUGUUUGAUUUUUAGAGGCUUCUCGUACAGCCCCUUUUUCACCAUGCUCUCUGUCACAAAGACCUUGGAGGACCUGACUCUCCAGGAUCUGUAUCCGGACUUCGACUCGAAGGGUGUCGACGGAGAAAGAGAAGAAGAAAAAAUUGAGUCCAGAAAACCAAGACAGCCCUUUCGCUUCUUUGACCUCCCAUCUGAACUUCGCCUGCGUAUCUACUCCUUCAUCCUGUUCGCCACCACUCAUCGUCGCUGGUUGCAGCAAACCCGAACAACCGGCAGUGUGGGCGCCUCGUCGAAAAAUCCCCCUACUGCGCCGCUGCCAGAGCGUCUUUCGCUCUUCCUAGUAUCGAAGCAAGUCCACCUGGAGGCCAGCGAUUAUUACUACUCCAUUCAGACCUUCCGCGUAUUCCCGAUUCAGGAUUACUCCAAAAUGCCUACCAUCAGGUCCUUGCCACCGCUCUACCGGCCGUCAAUCUCGAACAUCGAAUUAAUCCUAGGCUCGAGCUGGACUAAACCCCCGAAAUCCUGGACCGUCGACAAUUCGCUUGGCCUGGAGGAUAUGCAUCGGGUUCAUACUUUGAAGGUGUUUAUCGAGUGUGACCCGUCGCAUCCGGUAUUCGAAGGUUUCCGCGUUUCCAAGGGCUUCUACACGGAUUUUGCCGGUGAUCUUCUGCGCAAGAUCCUGAAGAGACUGCCGGGUUUGAAACACGUUGAAUUCGACGGCUAUCCCUCUGUCCGUAGACAUGGAGCUCUCAUGAUGCGGCUAUUGCAGGAGACGAAAGUGGCAAAGAAGCAGAUCGUCUGGGGACCGGAGAGGCAGUGGAGGCAUGACAAGGAGUCGGAGAGCGAAGGGGAGGAAGAGCAGGUUGUAGAGGUAUCUUGAGGAGUGUCAUUGUUUAUCACGCCUACAUUGUUUGUCGUACAGUCGCACGGAUUUAGGGGAGAGCACUACGAAGUCGACUUUUGGUCUCCAGGACUGUCAUGAGUUACACGGGUCUGCUUGCGCGCCGCUGGAUAUGCGAAUUCGACGGAUACGGUUUUUCAACGAACAUUAUGAGACAUACGUUGCCGGGAUGGUUCGAGUGUAUUAUUACCAUCAUUGGGCUGUUGCCCUUUUUACAGUUGUAUAUACUGCAUAGAAUAUGAAUAGCAUUAUUACCGGAAGGAUGAAAGUUCA